AUGUCUACUGCCGUCUCCACCGUCGUCCAGCCGACUUUAUUUCCGCAUCUUCCCUCCCCCGCGGAUUCGAGAACAUCUCACUGGUCACGAAGAGCCGCACCUCUCUCGGGAAGGGUGCAGCAGACUUGUUUGGCCAACGGAGCUGCCCUGAAAAAGGGUGGUCUUCGAACGCCGCCGGCCGAAGACAACAUGAGUACCGCCUACCACUCCCAUAAUCCUGUUCUUUCGUCGACGUACAACAGCCAUGUUGCCAUGGCCCGGCAGCCGGGCGCCCUGGCCCAGACGAACCGAGCAGGACCAGUCCUUUGUGAGGCGGCGGUGAAUCCAGUAGCCAGAAGCCAACCGCAGCUCCAACAACAGCAACAACAUCAACAUCAACACCAACCACAUGCCCAAGGACAACAAUACCAGAACCAACCUCAGUAUCAACCGCAACCGUUGCCGCAACUGCACCAUGCCUCGAAUCUGGCCCCGGUCAGCUCGCACCCUCACUCCGGAGCGUCACGGCACUCGACGCGGCCCUCCACUCCCUCCUCCACCACCACAUCCCACUCGCAGGCUCACUUCGAGGGUACCGUGUCGAGAAAAGAUUCCAGCAUGGUUAUGCACAGUCUCAAGUUGCCCAGCUGCAUAUCCCCCAAUGGCGGGAACCUUGACGAAUUCGCAGCUCUGAUGACGUGCUUUUUCUGGUUCGAGGAAAUGAAGACGAUACAAGCCGCCGAGAAGAUCAAGGACCGCCCCGCGAAUGAGCCGAUACCGCCGCUAUCCUCGUACACCAGACCGGGCAAUGACUACAAGAAGUGGGUAAACAGCAUUCUCACCACCACGCAAGUGACGCAAAACGUCAUACUCCUGGCCUUGCUCUUCGUGUACAAGCUCAAGAGUACGAACCCGAAGGUGAACGGAAGCCCGGGCAGUGAAUACCGCCUCCUCACGGUUGCAUUGAUGUUGGGAAACAAGUUCUUGGACGACAAUACGUACACGAAUAAGACAUGGGCCGAGGUGUCGGGCAUCGCUGUCAAGGAGAUACAUGUGAUGGAGGUCGAGUUCCUGAGCAAUAUGCGCUAUGGGUUGCUGGUGUCCAAAGACGAAUGGGCCUCUUGGCUGAACAAGUUAGCAUGCUUCCACGAGUACUGCGAGAAGGCCGACCUCGCCGAGAAAGCCGCGGAGAUGGCAGCGCGACAGAGGGCCCAAGCAAUGCCCUUGAAUGUAUCGUCGCCGGUCGGCCGUGGCUACAGCCCCCCGCUGCCCUCUCCCACAAGCAUCCUGCCUUCGAGCAUGCAGGCUGCCCCGCCGUCCUUGACGACCUAUUCCCAGAAUUCUGCUGUAUACAACCCGAAUCAGAACUGGCGUCCUCCGUUCCAGCCAACACCGGCCUUGUCACCGUUGUCGGUUAAGCCCAGCCUUGGUUUUCCUGUGAGCGGGCGCAAGAGGAGCCUGGACACCCCGGAACGAACAGAGCCUACCCCCAAGCGAAUGACCCGACAGGCUGCCUCAGUCCAGCCACCGGUCACCCAGCACCUUCCAGGAAUCACUGAACCUGUGCGGCUGCCAGUACCACAGCUCAGUCUUGACACGAGCCAGGCCGCCGGAACGCCCGUAGGCUACCCAGGCCCCAACACCUUCGCCCAGGCACCCGUUUCGCUUCCCCCUCUGGGACAAGGGAUGCGAGCAAUGGCCACGGUGUACCCACACACGACGUGGGCCGCCCAGGGUCCUGUCAUUGCAACAUGCGGGCCUCAGACACCCUCAUAUGCGGCCCCAUCCAACUUCGGCACGCCUACUAAGCGUCAUAGUCCUGGCACGUUAGCAGUGUAUGCCUCGUCACCUCUGACGGAGCCUUUUGCGUCGCACACGCCCAUAUCGAACUCGCCCUCGGUGUAUCUGCAACAGCGAAACAGCCCUUACAAGCCGGUCCGGCCUGUAAACACUCUCAACUAUCCUCCUCCCUCCAUUCCUCUUUCCGAGUACCACUUGGGUUCGGCUCAGAUGCAUUAUCAACCACUGGGCCGCCGCAAUGUGCGAACGGGAAUCGUCCCUGAGUUUCAGUCAACUUUUGGCAGCGGCCGUCCGACGCCCAUGCCGGCCACGCAAGCCCCGCCUCACCACCAGCACUACCACGCAUAA